CACUUUUUUAGCUUUGACUAGGCUGCUGUAAUUACUGUAGUAGGAGUGCAACUGACUUUAAACGGCGGAAGGCUUCCCCGGAGUGAAGACGCUCCGCUUCUGACACGCUCCCGGUGGAAUAGGGCGGAACGCGGCGCGCACGCGCCCGGUGGAAUCCACUUUCGUUACCUGACUGACGUCGCAGCAAGAAUUUCACCGAGGAAAUAAAAGCAGAAAAGACACAAACUGACAUCAAUGAUAAUGACAAUGACAGAUAAUUAAACAUCAUCAGCAGAACUCCUCAAAGAGAACACAGAGCACAAACUCUGACACCACUGAAUCAGUCUCUGAUGUUUCCAGCAGAGUAGAUUAUGGCGACUGAAGGAUCUGAGAAAGAUGAUGGAAAAUUCCAGAAGCGCAGGAGCAGAAGCCCUGACUUUGAUUACCCUAACUUCAGAGAUAAUGUGCCAUCCAGGGAGAGCAGAAGCAGUGUUGGAUUUCUGCCGCCUCCAAUUUCUGAGCUGAGGGUUGUUCUGCUGGGGAACAGCUGGUCUGAGAGGAGUUCAGUGGGGAACUUCAUACUGGGAACGACUGUGUUCAACACUGAGGAAGAACCAGACUGCUGUCAGAAAGCCAGUGGACAGAUUCAGGAGAAAAAAAUAAGCGUCAUCAACACCCCAGAUCUGCUGAAUCCUGACAUCUCCCAACACAAACUGUCAGAAUAUGUAGAAAACUGUGUGAGACUCUCUGAUCCUGGACCUCAUGUGUUCCUGCUGGUUCUACAGCCUGAAGACUUCACUGAGAAACACAAGAAGAGGCUACAAUCAAUCCUUGAACGCCUCAGUGAUCAAUCAUUUGAUCAUUCACUGGUAUUGAUAUCAACAUCAACACCAGGAGAGGAGAGUUCAGGUUUCGUGGAGAAAUAUAUGAAACAUCCACAGUUAGGAGACUUGAUCAGAAAAUGUAGAUCCAAGUUGUUUUGGCAGAAGAACCUUGAACGUUCAGAGCUGUUAAGGAUCAUGGACCAAAUUGUGGAGGAAAACGAUGGAGAUCAUGUGAGCUGUGAUGUAUUUAAAGAAGCAACACCUGUUUUACCAAGUGGUCAUGGAAGCCUGAAACAAGGGGAAGCAUCUGGGGUCAACUGGGAUCCUGAUAGAGGUUUUGUCUCUGCACUGAGGAUUGUGCUGGUGGGGAAAAGUGAAGACAAAAAGACAAAACUUAGUAACUUCAUCACUGAAGAUCAAGAUUUUAAUUUCCAAAAACAAACAGAAUUCAAACAUUGUGUGGCCACCUGUGGAGAGUGGAGAGGAAAAUCAUUGACUAUAGUAAAAACUCCAGACAUCUUCAGUCAGUCUGAGCAGACAGCGAGAGAAGAAGUGAUGAGGUGCAUGAAUUUUUGCUUCCCAGGACCAAAUGCUCUGCUGCUGUUAGUGAAGCCUUCUCAGUUUAAUGAAAAGGACAAACAAAGACUGAAGUUCAUCCUGAGUUUGUUUGGUCAAGAUGCUUUUAAACACUCCAUGGUCAUCAUCACACACAAGGAGAAUGCAACAGGUUUCAAUGUGAAUCAGCUCAUUAAAGACUGCGGAGGAAGACAUUACAACAUGUUUGAAGAUGACCACAGACAGUUCAUAGAGAAGAUUGAGAACAUUGUUCAUCAAAACAAAGGAACCUUCCUCACCUUCACUGAAGAAACCAUUAAACCAGUUUUAAACCUGGUUCUGUGUGGGAGGAGAGGAGCAGGGAAGACUUCAGCAGUCAAGGCCAUUUUAGGUCAGACAGAGCUUCAUUCAGUCUCCAACUCAUCAGAGUGUGUUAAACAUCAGGGAGAGGUGUGUGGACGUUGGGUUUCCCUGGUGGAGCUGCCUGCCUUGUAUGGAAAACCUCAGGAGGCAGUGAUGGAGGAAUCAUUCAGGUGUAUCUCCCUCUGUGAUCCUGAGGGCGUCCAUGCCUUCAUCCUGGUCCUACCUGUGGAUCCCCUCACUGAUGAAGACAAGGGAGAGUUAAAGACCAUCCAGAACACAUUCAGCUCUCCAGUCAAUGACUUCACCAUGAUUCUGUUCACUGUGGAGACAGAUCCUACAGCUCCAGCUGUUGAUGACUUUGUAAGAAAGAACAGAGACAUCCAGGAGCUCAUUCAGAGCUGUGGAGGAAGAUAUGUUGUUCUCAACAUCAAGGACAAGCAGCAGAUCUCUGAGAUGUUGGAUACUGUGGAGAAGAUGAGACCCAACAAGGAUAAACCAUGUUGCUAUACAACUCAUAUGUUUGCACAUGCUCAGAUGGAUAAAGUCAUACAACAAGAGAAACACAUCAACAUGCAACAAGCUGAACUUGAGAGGCUGAAAAACAAGAACAAGAUCACUUGUGAUGAUGAGAAUCAGAGCUCAGAGAGUCUCAGGAUUGUGCUGAUAGGGAAGACUGGCUGUGGAAAGAGCACUUCAGGAAACACCAUUCUGGGAAGGAAAGAGUUUAAAGCUGAAAUAAGCCAAAUGUCAGUCACCAAACGUUGUGAGAAAGCACAGAGUGAAGUAGACGGUCGUCCUGUCGUUGUGGUCGACACUCCUGGUCUGUUUGACUCCACUUUGUCCCAUGAAGAGGUUAAUGAGGAGAUGUUGAAAUGCAUCAGUCUUCUGGCUCCAGGACCACAUGUCUUCCUGUUGGUGUUACAGAUUGGCAGAUUCACACAAAAAGAGAAGGAGACAUUAAAACUCAUCAAGAAAGUCUUUGGGAAGAAUUCAGAAAAAUUCAUCAUCAUUCUUUUAACUGGAGGAGACAAACUAAAGCGUGACAACCAGUCCAUUGAAGAAUACAUUGAGAAGAAAUGUGAUGAUUCCUUUAAGAAGCUGAUUGCUGACUGUGGAGGAAGAUACCAUGUGUUUAAUAACUAUGAUGAAGAAAACCGCACACAAGUCAGUGAACUGAUAAACAAGAUUGACUCCAUGGUGAAGAAAAAUAGAGCAGACUGCUUCACCAAUGAGAUGCUGCAAGAGGCCGAGGCAGCAAUAAAGAAGGAAGUGGAGAAGAUCCUGAAGGAGAAGGAAGAAGAGAUGAAGAGAGAGAGGGAGGAGUUUGAAAGAAUACAUGAAGAAGAAAUGAAAGAAAUGAAAAGUCGAAUAGAAAAACAGAGAACAGAAAUUGAACAGGAGAGAAAACAGAGAGACAAACAACUUCAGGAGAAGGAGGAAAAGAUUCAGAGAGAGCGUGAAGAGAGAGAAAAAGAACAGGAAAAGAGAGAAGAAGAAGACAAGAAGAGGAAAAGACAGGAAGAAAUUCAAAGACAGGAGUGGGAACAAAAACAUAAAGAUCUGGAGGAAAAAAUAAAGUUAGAGUUAGAAGAAAAAGAAAAAAUUAAUAAAGAGCUGAUGCAGAGCAGAGCAGAGAUGAGAAAACAACGAGAGGCCUGGGAGAAGAAACAACAAGAAAUGUGGGAGAAACGAUAUCGAGAAGAUGAAGAGAGACGAAAGAAAGAGCAGAGAAGAUUAAAAAAACUACAAAAAGAA